AUGCCUGGCCUUGCACGAAGAGUUCUUAUAUUUGCCGUUUCGGAUGGCUUGGUAUUGCAACCAAUUGUGCCAAAGGAUAAACGAGUAACUCUAUCAUCAACCAAGAUAAGCUGGAAAUCCGGAAAAUUAGAGACUAGAGCGAAAGAGCAGAGUGAAACACAGGAAUCAGACAAAUUUUUUGAGGCUUAUGGUAUUAUCGGUCUUCUAAAUGUUUCAAGUUCAUACUUUCUCAUUUCUAUCGUCAAACGCCAACAGGUUGCUCAAAUACAGGGCAAGCCAAUCUACGUCGUUACAGAGAUUGCUGUCACACCUUUGGAAUCAAAGGCUCAUGCUGAAAUAUCCAUUGCAAAUACUCAGAGACUAUUAUCAAAAGAGUGUUCUGAAACCGAUUAUUCUGACAUAGGCGAUAUAACUGACUCUGAUGAAUAUGAAUAUGAAGAUGCCGAUGCCGAUGCCGUAUGCAAUGAUAAAGACAUUACUAACGAUAAUACAAUUAAGCAAAAUCCAUCUUCUCUGCCUGGUCACAGAAGAACUAGUAGUGUCGCUGAAGAUGUCAUAGCUAAAAAGGGGGGCUAUGGAAGGUUUGGUAUCAAUUGGUUCUCUUCAAAAGGGUGGACAGUAGACCAGCGUAGAAACCUAGGAAUGUCAGAUCCAGAGAUAAAUACACCCAUACAGAAAGAAAAUGAAGUUAAACUGGAGAAUAUUUCUGAAACUGAACCCGACGAGUGUGUUAUCAAAAACGAUCUCAUAAACCAGGCAGUAAAAAUAGGCAAUAAAAAACGAAACAUGUUAUCAAAGUUAUUGCGGAUGAUGCAGCUCUUCUUUGGCUCAUCCAAAAGCUUUUACUUUUCUUAUGAUUGGGAUAUAACCAGGAGUUUUAAAGAUCAGAAGACCACGCAUCCCGAAAUCCCUUUCCAUACAAAAACCCAAGCCAAAUUCUUCUGGAAUUCUCAUCUCCUUGAGCCUUUUAUCGACUCUGGGCUUACCAGUCUAUGUCUUCCACUGAUGCAAGGAUUUAUUGGUCAAAAAUCUUUCAGAGUAUGUUCAAAGCAGCCGAUAAGUCCACUUGUUACCGACGGGGCUGAAAAUACACCCAAGGAGUCUACUGGCUCAUUGCGGAAGGAUUCCAAAAGCUUAAAGCUAAGAACAAGUAACCAUCAUAGCUUAGAUUUGUCCGAUGAUGCCAAUAACAUUGAGACCUCUUAUCUCCUGACUCUCAUUAGCCGACGGUCCAUUCGACGCGCUGGUCUAAGAUACCUUCGAAGAGGCGUAGAUGAAAAUGGAUUUACUGCAAACUUUGUUGAAACAGAACAGGUUUUAUCAGACACUUCUUGGAACCCAUCAAGAAGGAUACAUUCCUAUGUUCAGAUCAGAGGCAGUAUACCUAUCUAUUGGUCACAGCUACCCUAUUCAUUCAAACCUGUUCCUCAACUACAUCACGGAGAAGAUAUCAACCUUGAAGGUUAUCGGGCCCAUGUUAAAGAUCUCAUGUCUACUUACGGAAAUUUAGAGGCCGUUUCUCUAGUUGAAAAAAACGGUCCAGAAUCUAUUGUUGGGAUAGAAUACGAGAAAAUUGUCAAUUGUUUCAAUUCAGAGAUCUCCAAGAAUAACAGACAACUAGUAUCCUUCAUGUGGUGGGACUUUCACGCAAAUUGUCGGGGACUCAAGUUUGAAAAUAUCAGUCUAUUAAUUGAACUUCUAAGCGAAAAACUCAUCGCGCAUGGUGACACCUGUAUAAUUGAUGGUAAAGUAGAGUCUCGACAGUCAGGGGUGAUACGCACAAAUUGCAUGGACUGCCUUGAUCGCACAAAUGUGACGCAGAGUGCCUGUGGUAGAUGGGCUCUUGCUUCGCAACUCAAGAGAGAGGGUGUAGAUUCAAGCCUCCAAGACCUGAAUAUGGACUGGCUAAAUAAUAUCUGGGCGGAUAAUGGUGACGCUAUUUCUAAACAGUACGCUUCGACAUCGGCACUAAAAGGUGAUUUUACACGCAAUAGAAAACGAGAAUUUUCUGGUGCCUUGAAGGACAUAGGUCUUUCUGUCUCGCGCUUUUACAACGGAAUCUUCAACGAUUACUUUGGCCAAGCAGCUAUAGAUUUUCUUCUCGGAAAUGUAACGGAACGUGUAUUCGAGGAAUUUGAAGAGAGAUUUAUGACAGCCGACCCAGCUUUCUCAGUGCAAAAACUUCGCCGACAUGCAAUUGAGAUAUGUCAAAGUCAGGUGAUAAUAGAUCAAGACGAGGAAUUUAUCGGUGGUUGGAUACUACUGACACCUGUACAACCUAAUACUAUAAAACCGACUUCCCUUGAGGAGUCGGUCCUACUUAUUACAGAUGCUGCUCUGUACUCUUGUAGAAUCAAUUGGAGUUCAGAGAAAAUCACAAGCUUUGAACGUAUCAAUUUAAAAGAUAUAGGAAAUAUUAGCUUUGGUACAUACGUCACAUCAACACUGAGUACUGCCCAAAUGGAUACGAACCGAAAUUUUGGCCUUCUCAUCACGUAUGAAGACAAAGGCAGUCCUAGCCAACUUGCACUCGGUAGUAACUAUAGUAAUCUCACGUCCAACACGGAACACACCUUAGAAGCAGUAUCUGAAAACUAUACAUCCACUAAUUCUUUGGCCUUAACAGAGUUGGAACUGCUAGCUUCACCUAAGAAUAGGGUAAUGGCAUUCAAGGCUAUACCUUCUAGCUCUAUUGUUACGGGUGAAAAUGAGAUAGUUAUGAGUGAAGUAGACCAGAUCAAAAUAAUUUGUUACGAAAUAGAGCGUAUGAUUAAAAAUUGCCGAAUCAAGGACAACGAUUCUGGGAUAACUCCUUUUGUUCAAAGAAAAGACAUUAUUUCCCUUGUCGAAGCAAAAAAGAGCACUGGACUACUAGAACAGCUAUCACAUACUUUAAAAAGAUUAGUAUGGGCUUAA